AUGGCGCUGUGGUACUCACUAGGAAUUGCGUUUUUUGCCGCCAUCGGCACAUUUUUGUUUGGGUUUGAUACUGGAAUCGCGACAACGACUAUCGCACAUCAAAGCUGGAUUGAUUAUAUGAAGCAUCCCUCAGAGGGCUUAACAGGAGCCGUGGUCGCAGUCUAUAUCGCCGGUGAAGCACUGGGCGCACUAACGCAGACCUUCAUUGGCGAUAAACUUGGGCGCAUUCGAUUCAUGCAGCUGAUGUGCGUGAUUGUGACAAUCGGCACGGUCAUCCAGACUGCCUCGGUGAAUAUCGGCAUGUUUCUUGCCGGCCGCGUGCUAGCCGGGUAUGCUGUCGGCGGAUUGGUCGCUACUGUGCCGAUCUACCUUAGUGAAAUCUCCGACCCCCGAUUCCGUGGGCUCAUCGGCGGUAUUUCGGGCUGCGGCAUCUCAUUCGGAACUAUGGCAUCCAAUUGGGUCGGGUUCGCUUGUAGCUAUGCGCCCUAUGGUGCUGUGCAAUGGCGGUUGCCUCUUGGAAUCCAGAUCCCAUGGGGCGUGGUAAUGUUCAUUGGUUUGUCGACCUUUAUGCCCAAUUCACCGCGGCAGUUGAUUCGAAGUGGGAAGGUCGAGCUGGCCCGUAACGAUUUUACUCGGAUUCGGCGUGGAGCGCAAUCGUAUGAAGUGGAGGAAGAGUUUCUGCUUAUGCAGGCGCAGAUUGAGUAUGAGAUGGAGCGCGAGAUUACCUCUUAUCGGGAGAUUUUCCGACUAUUUCGAUCUCGAGUUCUAGUAGCUAUUGCUGUACAGACGAUGACGAGUUUGACGGGUGUCAAUGUGAUUCAGUAUUACCAAACUAUUCUUUACAAGUCGCUCGGUAUUGGGUCGCACAAGAUUCUGGCGCUUGCUGCGGUCUACGGAACUAUUGCUUUCCUGUCCAAUGCCUUGACGACAAAAUAUAUGACGGACCAAUGGGGUCGUCGGAAAAUGCUGAUUACUGGAUUGGUCGGGAUCGUGCUGAUCGAGAUCUACGCGGCGGUGAUGCAAAUGGAGUUCCAAAAUACUGACAACCAGGUCGGCAAAGGGUUCGCAAUUCUAGGGAUAUAUCUCUUUGUUGUUUGUUACUAUGGUUUCCUCAACAGUACAACAUGGCUGUAUGGCGCUGAAGUCCUUCCCAUUGCUCUGCGUAGUAAGGUGAUGGGCAUCGCAGCCGCCUCUCACUUUAUUGUCAAUGUUGCUAUCACUGAGGCCGGCCCCAGUGCAUUCGCCAACAUCAAGCAGAAUUACUAUUAUGUCUUUGUAGCAUGCUCACUUUUCUUCCUAGGCGUGGCAUAUCUUUAUUUCCCUGAAACGAAACAAAAGACCCUGGAGGAAGUUGCGGCGGCCUUCGGAGAUCGAGUCGUUCAGGCAGAUGAGAGAAAAUCUGUCGGCGGAGCGGAGCACUUCGAGUCCGCAAAUGUACAACAGGCCUAA